GACAGGUUUGGAGACCCAGGUAAAGGGAGGGAGACGGAGAGAAAUACUUGCAGAGCCAGCAGCGAGCUAGGCAGCUCCUUCCCGGACGCUGGGGACCCUCUACCUCUCUCCAGAUGGAAAGGUGACACAACCCAGAAGUGAGGCCCCAGGAUGACGGAACACGAGGCCAUGGCCCUGCUGGAAGUGAAGGGGCCUGCAGCCCUGGAGAAAAGCCCACCCCAGGCCUUGGUCCCCAAUGGCGAGAAGACAGAGGGGGAGGGUGGAGCUGAGUCUCCCAGAGGCGAGUCCUCCAGAGUGGGGUCUUCAGCUGGGUCUCCCACAGCCGGACAGGGGACUGAGGAUGGGCUAGACAGCACAGUAAGUGAGGCUGCCACCUUGCCCUGGGGGGCUGGCCCCCAGCCCAGUGCCCCGUUCCCAGAUCCCCCAGGCUGGAGAGACAUUGAGCCUGAGCCCCUCGAGUCAGAGCCAGUCACCAAGCUGGAGGAGUUGCCCGAAGAUGACGCUUGCCUGCUGCCUGAGAAGGCGGCCCGAGCCUUUGUGCCCAUCGACUUGCAGUGCAUCGAGCGGCGGCCGCAGGAGGACCUUGCUGUGCGCUGUGAGGCGAGCAAGGGUGAAUGCCGCCGGACCUUCCUGCCCACCCGGGCCGCCCCCGCUGAGCCCCCUGAGCGCAAGUGGGCUGAGGCAGUGGUGAGGCCGCCUGGCUGCUCCUGUGGGGGCUGCGAGGGCUGCGGAGGCCAUGAGGGGCUCAGGGCUGUGGCCUCCGUGGGAGCUGCUUUCAUCCUCUUCCCCUGCCUGCUCUAUGGGGCGUAUGCCUUCCUGCCCUUCGACGCCCCGCGCCUGCCGACCAUGAGUUCCCGCCUCGUCUACACGCUGCGCUGCGGGGUCUUUGCCACCUUCCCCAUUGUUCUGGGGAUCCUGGUGUACGGGCUGAGCCUGUUGUGCUUUUCUGCCCUGCGGCCCUUUGGGGAGCCACGGCGGGAGGUGGAGAUCCACCGGCGAUAUGUGGCCCAGUCGGUCCAGCUCUUCAUCCUUUACUUCUUCAACCUGGCGGUGCUUUCCACCUACCUGCCCCAAGACACCCUCAAACUGCUCCCUCUGCUCACUGGUCUCUUUGCCAUCUCCCGGCUGAUAUACUGGCUGACCUUUGCUGUGGGCCGCUCCUUCCGAGGCUUUGGCUUCGGCCUGACCUUCCUACCCCUGCUGUCCAUGCUGGUGUGGAACUUCUACUACAUGUUUGUGGUGGAGCCAGAACGCAUGUUCACUGCCUCUGAGAGCCGCCUGGACUACCCCGACCACGCCCGCUCAGCCUUGGAUCACAGGCCCCGCCUCUGGGGCUGAGCUGCUCAACUCUUCUGCUCCCACCCCUGCUACCUGGGGGAGCAGAGCGAGGACUGUCCCCUGCUCUCCCAGAGUUGGGGUGCUGCCUUUCAUCUUUGGAGCCUGGGAUAAUUAUGAGGGAGGGACUCAGACAUUCUUGCAGGGAAAGAGGUGGACAGCCAUGUUCCUUAAGGAUGCUGAGGGCACAGGCCCAGGCCCAGGCCCAGGAGCAGAGACACAGUCCCUUCCUGAGCAGCCUCCCACCACUGCCACUAGGGCCCGCCAUGGCUGCUCCACUGUCCAGCCUCCUCUGAGGCAGCCGGUAGAGCCACAGCCAAAACUUCAACCAUUUCUGUGCCAGUUGUCUGAGCCGAGUGCCUCAAGGAGACUGGAAAUAUUGCCCAUGCCUCGAGGUAAAGACUGGGCAUCAGAUCGAAUAGGAUUUUCAUGUUUGGUGAAAAUCUCCCUGGAGGACUGGGUUCAGGACCUUCCACAACCGGCCUUCCCAGGCCCUUAGCCUCAGUCAAAUCGAUUACAGCUGCUCCAGCCCAGAGUGGCUGCCUCCUCCCUUCCAACCAUUUAAGUCCCUGUAACCUCACACCUCCAAACUGUCCAGAAGUCAUGCCUCUCCAUGGGAAGAGGAGUGGACAGAGAAAGCUCCGUCCCAGAAAUGUGUGUGUGUGUGUGCCUACACCCAAACAUUUGGUGGCUGGGAAGCGGAUGGAAGGCAUAAUGGCUGACGUUAACCCCGUGUGAAUGUGUGUAUAACAAUAAACGACUACCACUGCC